AUGUUGGCUCAGCAGCCAGCAAAAUUAACGCAUUCUUUAUUGGAGGAGGGAUCGACUUCAUCACCGUCAUCGUCAUCGUCGAUAUCGUGUACGGUGUCGUUGUCGCCGAGUUCAGAUGCACGUGACGAUAGUGGCGUUUCCACGAUGGAGUCAAUUUGUAGCAAACAGUUCGAGCUUAGCAUACCUAUGUCAUCGGUGCCAUCGACAAGGAAAACGAUAACCACGGUACAAACGCUAGCCGACAUUCUACAUUCAAAUCAUAACAAUAAUUAUACGGGUAGUAUGGACGUAGUGAAAUUAUUACAAUUGCGUUCCAUUGACGACGAACACAAUCAGCAAUCAAAUUCUUCUAGUCUUGAGUCGUUGUCAUCACUGGAAAACCAUCAAGGUAGCCAAAUAGCAGACGCAGAUGGCGGCUCCGGUUCGACGUCAUGCUCGGAAGAUUCUUUCGAAAUGUCGAGUACGUGUAGCGCUCGUGACACUGACGUAUCAGUAGAGUUAUCGCCUCGUAAAGAGACUGAACGAAGGGAGGCUGCUGCUUCAGUCGAAACUUCAUACAACAGUGAUUCAAGUGAUAGACGUUCGAAUCUGUUGGUGUUUCGUCAACCUCCGAGCUCUAUUUCGAUGGAUUCGUUCAUGCUGAAAAGUAGGAAUAUAAAAGCGAUCCGUGACAGUAUCAAUUCGGAGUUGGAAAAUCUUGAUACUGGGCUUCCGGAGUUAGAUUUUGCCAAAUUAGAAGAACAAUUGAGGAAUGCGGCACGGGAGCGUGAAGAGCACGAUCGUAGGCUUCUAGGUGAAGAGGUUCGACGACGUUUAGCAUUACAAGCUGAUUCAUGGAAAGGCGGUUGUCCCGUUGUUAGUACUCGACCUCAUCGAUCGAAUUUAGCGUUACGGUUACAAGCGGCCAUGCAUUUGCAGGUAUGUUACAUGAAUGAGUUAGCGGAGAGUGCAUCUGAAAGCGAUUUAUCGGAAUCAGAAGACGAAUUUGUGGUACCGAGGUCACGAUCGACACCUAAUCUAAAAGGAAUCAGUCGACCUAGCUCAUCUAAAGAGGAUCCAUAUCUUCAGAAACUUCGCGAUCAAGCCGUUAACGAUCAGAAUCUGGAUCAGUGUAGUACGAAGUCAAAAGCAAGCGAUGUGCCUCGGCAAGCUCGACAGUACCUCAGAAAAAUGUCAGUCAGUGAAGUAUCACAAAUAAAGGAGAUGAUAGAAGAAGCUAUAGAUCGAAAAAAUCUUGAACUAGUUGAGUUACUGAUUGAGCGCGAUAGCCUUCAUAUGGAACAUGACUCAUUGCUCGUGGAUAUAGACGAUUUCACGGAACAUGAAGCUGAGUGUUCGGCUCUCGAUUUUCCAUACUUACUUGGCAUGAUAGACGGUCGAGUAUCGUCAGCGUCACGUUUUGCCGGUCCAGUCACAGCAUGUGGUACUGCUGUUGAACAUGCUGACAACGGUGACGGUACAUCACAUCGUGCUAGUCUACCUGCACCUGCCCCAACACCCACGAGUCCUACUAAAGCACUAGUCGCUCACUUACCAAAAUCACUCACCCGACUUGUGCUCUUCCGACGCUAA